AAGCUCCAUGUGGUUAAACCGAUUAAUCAUGGGCCAAGAUCCUCACUCUCGGACGCCCAAACGGGAAUGAGAAUUGGUUUUGGGAUCCGCUUAGGCAGAGCGGGUUACAUGACUUGGUUUACUUGGGGUACUCCACCGUGCCUCAUGCCCUGCUGAUGACUUUAUGCGAGAGGUGGCAUCCUGAGACCAGCACCUUUCACAUGCCCAUGGGGGAGAUGACUGUGACAUUGGAUGAUGUUGCAUGUCUCACGCAUCUUCCGAUUGAGGGGCGGAUGUUGAGUCAUGGGAAGAAGAUGCCGAAACAUGAGGGAGCGGCACUACUUAUGAGGCAUCUGGGUGUGUCGCAGCAGGAGGCGGAAAAGAUUUGCGGGCAGGAGUACGGUGGGUACAUUAGUUACUCGAGGCUGAGGGACUUUUAUACCACGUACCUUGGUAGGGCCAACUUAUUGGCUGGUAAGGAGGAUCCAGAGGAGCUUGAGGAGCUGGCGAAGGUUAGGACUUACUGCGUCCGGUGUUACCUUCUCUACUUGGUCGGAUGCUUGUUGUUUGGCGAUAGAAGCAACAAGCGCAUCGAGUUGAUAUAUCUGACGACCAUGGAGGACGGCUACGCAGGGAUGCGUAAUUAUUCCUGGGGAGGGAUGACAGUCGCUUACCUAUAUGGCGAGUUAGCUGAUGCAUGUAGGCCUGGAGACAGAGCUCUUGGGGGGAGCGUGACACUACUCACCGCAUGGUUUUUGGCGCAUUUUCCUGGGAUUUACAGUGUUGAUCCCAACACUGACUACAUGGAAAACUAUCCGGUUGCAGCGAGGUGGAAGCUCCAGAAGGGUCACGGGGAGGGGGUCACGUAUCGGUCACUGCUUGAUCGUAUACAGUUUGAUGACGUAUGCUGGAGGCCUUACGAGGAGCACAGGGAGAUGCAGGACUUUGAGGAGGUUUUCUGGUAUUCUGGCUGGAUUAUGUGCGGUGUCCGUAGGAUGUACCGUCACUUGCCCGAGAGGGUUUUGAGGCAGUACGAAUACGUCCAGACCAUCCCCAGACAUCCGACUGAUGUUGCAGACCUCCGACCGCCUUACAUUGUGCAGGCGUUCGUCGACUUCCGCACUCACACGCUUAAGGCGAACGAUUGGGGUGAGCAGACAUGGCGGAUGGCUAUGUCCUAUGGUACACUAGGGUGUCUCACCCUCAGAUCUUGCCACCUCUUCCAGGAGAUAUUAUGAGGCCUGCAAAUGAAGAGCAGAUCAUUGCAGACCAGUGGGAGCGGUAUGAGGCGAGAAGCUCGCCUGAUACCUAUGACAUGGUU